UUCCAUCUUCCUUGGAAAAAGCUGGAGAACUAAAACUAUUUUCAACUGCCUACACCUCUUUUAACCAUGGCCAGCUAUUCAACUAGUUAUUCAAACCCCGACUCACUCACAGAGCUCUCAAGCAUAAUAGAGCGGACGCUCAUUGAUACCGGUCGUUUGUUUCGCAAGUCUGGCUCCAUGCCAUCAAGGACUCACCUGCAACGAUCCAUCCCGUUGUAUCAUGAUAGUUUCCAAAAUGCCCUGGAUAACCUAUCAGAGCAAAUUUUCAUCGCGAAAGCCUUUUUGGAAAGGGAUUAUGAGGCUCUCAAGGCCACUAGUGCUGCUCCCCAGCCCAUCGAAGAUGUGGCAAUGAGCGAUGUGAAACAACAGGUUGAACCUGAUAUCCAACCUCCCCCGACUGAGAAAGUGGAAAUGGACACAAAGCUUGAACCUAUACCUAAAUUAGCAGAAGCUAUCUCUGCGAGCCACUCAACUCCGGCAGAGAUCAAGCCCGACACCCAAUCGGGCGAUGAUGUAGUUGUCAAAAAAGAAGUCGACAACAAUGCUGCUCCCGGUCAAUCAUUCCCCGGAACCAAUGAAGAUCUCACUUUUGAUUCAGUCCUCAACGACACUGGGGGCACAAACGACUUUGGUCUUAGCUUAGACUUCAACGAUGAUGACAUGGGCAAUCAAGCUUUUCUAUCCGGGUCGAAUUUCACAGCUUCCGGUGCUACUGGUGGUGCAGACAAAUUAAGCACGACUCAACCCCCGGGGAAUACUUUGGAUGUCCCUGCUGGUGGUGGGGCAUUUGACAUGGAGUUGCAAAAAACAGAGGGGGAUGAAGGCAAUUUCCUACAGAGUAACUCCGGGGAAGAUUUCAUGGGGCCCGCUGAAUCAAACUUCGACGAUUUGUUCAUGGACACUGAUAAUUUUGGAGAGAAUGGUGGGGAGUUUAAUCAGCUGGAGGGGGACAGCCUGAUGAAUGUUAAUGAGCUGGAUGAUAAUUGGUUCAACUGAUGAAAAUGAAGGGGCUCACAC